AUGCGGAUAUAUUCACACCGUACCAUCAAAAGUCUUAUGGGUAGACCAAGAUUUGCUCAGCAUAAGUUUGAAGGUCCAAAAUUGAAAAUGUAUUUCCUUCUUGGUUCUUUGCUCAAAAAAAUUUUUUUCAUCCAAAGUUUAAUUUAAAAAAAAAUCACAGUGAACUUUUAAUUUGAAAAAUUCGUAGGAAAGGAAAGUUUUUUGCUUUUUCUGAAGCAACGGCCGUUCCUACCUUGCCCAAAAACAACACAGCUCUUCUAUAGAGCAGCACGGAUCAAAUGUAAAAAACUAGAAGUCUCUACGAUGUCUCGUUAUUGA